AUGCUUCAUAUUAAUCGGUGUCAGCAUUUGAAACUAAUAACCAAGACAUAUGGUUCUCUUAUGCAUUUUAAAGCAAAUAGACACCUAAAGUUGAUUCUUCCAAGAGCCUUUACAUUUAGAGAAUUAAAGAAGUCAUGGUUCUCAACCUACUCUCUCCUUGGAGACAGAAAUAUUUUACUGAUGGGACCUCCUGGUGCUGGGAAAACAACAGUCGGCAAAAUAAUAGGUCAGAAACUAGCUUGUGGUGUUAUAGAUGUGGAUAAUGAUAUCCUUGAAACAACGUGGAAUAUGACUGUGGCUGAAAAAUUGAAGGAAGUUGGUCAUGAGCAAUUUUUAGAAGAGGAAGGAAAAGUGCUGUUAAACUUUGUUGCAUCUGGAGCUGUAAUUUCCCUUUCUGGGUCUAAUCCAUUGCAUGAUGCUACCAUGUACUAUCUGAAGAAAAAUGGAAUAGUUGUGUAUCUGGAUGUACCUGUGAUAGAUCUAAUUAAUCGUCUGAGUUUAACGAAGAUUGAUCGAAUUGUGGGCCCUAACUCUGGAAUGCCUCUGAAAGAAGUACUUCAGUAUAGGAGACAAGUCUAUAAAAAAUGGUAUGAUAUUCGUAUAUUUUGUGAAGAUGGAGCAUCUGCAGAGGUAAUAGCUGAUAAAGUCUUUGAUGCAGUUAAGAGGUAUGAAGAUGUUGAUUCAGAAACAUUUGUUUCAACUAGAUAUAAGCCCAAAGGCUCUGAAGAAAAAGUUUCCACAAAACACUUUAGUGAAGCUGUCAUUGAGGGAUUAGCUUCUGAUGGUGGACUCUUUGUUCCUCGGAAGGAAUUUCCAAAAUUAAACUUUGUAGAAUGGAAAAGCUUGGUAGGAGCAACUUAUGUAGAAAGAGCACAGUUAAUAUUGGAGAGGUGUAUACAUCCUGUUGACAUACCUGCUUCCAGGUUGGGAGAAAUGAUUGAAACUGCUUAUGGAGAAAACUUUGCCUGCUCUAAAAUUGCCCCAGUAAGGCAUCUUUGGGGCAAUCAGUUCAUUUUGGAAUUAUUUCAUGGACCAACAGGGUCCUUUAAAGAUUUAUCGUUACAACUACUGCCACAUCUGUUUGCGUACUGCAUUCCUCCAACUUGUAAUUAUUUGGUCCUUGUAGCCACUUCUGGAGACACAGGGAGUGCUGUGUUAAAUGGUUUUAGUCGUCUUCCUAGCAGUGAUAAGCAAAGAAUAGGUGCGGUCACAUUCUUUCCUGAAAAUGGAAUCAGUGAUUUUCAGAAAGAACAAAUAAUUGGAAAUCAGAGAGAAAAUGGGUGGGCAGUUGGUAUUAAGUCAGAUUUUGACUUUUGCCAGACAGCUUUAAGAAAAAUGUUUAAUGAUUCUGAUUUUACUGGAUUUCUGACAAUAGAAUAUGGAACAACCUUGAGUUCAGCUAAUUCCAUAAACUGGGGCCGAUUGCUUCCCCAGGUAAUUUAUCAUGCUUCUGCAUAUCUUGAUCUUGUUAGUCAAGGAUUUAUUUCUUUUGGAAGUCCAGUAGAUGUCUGUAUUCCCACAGGAAACUUUGGUAACAUAUUAGCAGCAGUAUAUGCCAAAAUGAUGGGAAUCCCUUUUCGGAAAUUUAUUUGUGCUUCUAAUAAAAACCAUGUUUUAACUGAUUUUAUAAAAACAGGACUCUAUGAUCUAAGGAAAAGGAAACUGGUACAGACUUUUUCUCCAUCUUUAGAUAUUCUGAAAUCUUCCAACCUGGAACGACACUUACACUUCGUGACUGAUAGAGAUGGAAAAUUGAUGUCAAAAUUAUUUCAUCAGUUAGAAAAUCAGCAGCACUUUCAGCUAGAAAAGAUCCUAGUUGAAAAACUUCAGCAGGAUUUCAUAGCUGAUUGGUGUUCUGAAGAGAACUGCCUAGCUGCUAUUAAUUCUACAUAUCAUACUUCAGGGUACAUUUUAGACCCUCACACUGCUGUUGCUAAAGUAGUUGCAGAUAAAGUACAAGACAAAACUUGCCCAGUGAUCUUGGCUUCUACAGCCCAUUACUCUAAGUUUGCUUCUGCUAUAAUGCAGGCUUUAAAGAUUCAAGAAAUAAAUCAGACUUCAUCAGGUCAGCUUAGUUUACUAAGUUCAUACAAUGCUUUGCCUCCGCCACAUGAAGGCUUGUUAGGGAGAAUAAAACAACAAGGGUCAGAUUAUCAAGUCUGUGCCCCUGAUGUGAAUAUCCUGAAGGAACAUCUAGAAACACUUAUACAAAAGCAUUUCAUGAAAGUUUCCUAA